GCUUUCAGGGCGCUCAGUCGGUCACAAGGUUUCAUAAACUUCACCCGUGUUCUCAACCAUAUAACCAAAACAUACCGGCUACGGCAAGCGAAGAGGGUCUGUUUUGUUAAAAGCUUUCCGGUUUCCCACUGUCAACACUUGGCUCGAGCGCUGCUGCGGAGCAACGACGAUGUCGGAGCAGGAGUCUCUGAGGUGCUCCAGUGCCAGAAACCGUGGAGGCGUACAGCGGGUCGAAGGAAAACUGCGAGCCAGUGUAGAAAAAGGGGAUUACUAUGAAGCACACCAGAUGUACAGGACUUUAUUUUUUAGGUACAUGUCACAGGCAAAACAUGCUGAAGCCAGGGAGCUGAUGUACAACGGCGCUCUGCUCUUCUUCAGCUAUAACCAGCAAAACAGUGCAGCAGACCUGGCCAUGCUGGUUCUGGAGGUGUUGGAGAAAUCGGAGGCAAAAGUUGACGAGGAAAUAUUAGAAAACCUGGCUAAGCUGUUCAGCCCGAUGGACCAGAACUCCCCAGAGAGAGUAGCAUUUGUGUCCAGAGCCUUAAAAUGGUCCACAGGAGGAUCCGGCAAGUUGGGCCACCCAAAACUUCACCAGCUGCUGGCUGUCACCUUGUGGAAAGAGCAAAACUACAGUGAGUCUCGUUACCACUUCCUGCACUCGUCUGACGGGGAGGGCUGUGCACAGAUGCUGGUGGAGUAUUCGGCGUCACGAGGCUUCCGCAGCGAGGUCGACAUGUUUGUGGCGCAGGCCGUCCUACAGUUCCUCUGCUUAAAGAACAAAAACAGCGCUUCCGUGGUGUUCAGCACAUACACAGAGAAACACCCGUCCAUAGAGAAGGGCCCUCCGUUUGUCCAGCCUCUACUAAACUUUAUCUGGUUUCUGCUGCUGGCAGUGGAUGGGGGUAAAUUAACAGUUUUCACAGUGUUAUGCGAGCAAUAUCAACCUUCCCUGAAGAGGGACCCCAUGUAUAAUGAGUAUCUCGACAGAAUAGGACAACUUUUCUUCGGAGUUCCACCGAAACAGUCCCCAUCAUACGGUGGACUGCUAGGAAACCUGCUGAACAGCCUGAUGGGAUCAGGCGAGGAGGAUGACGCGGCUGAAGAAGCCCAGGAGGACAGCAGCCCCAUAGAGCUGGACUGAGCCUGCCCCAGGACAAAGAGAACAAACUAACACACAAAGAAAAAGAGGAAGACCACACUCCCUCCUCCACAACGAGGGCGGGGCGAGGCGCCGGUCUGUGUUUUCAGAGGCGUGCUGUUUCCAAAAACCCCAUCCCCACCCAGUCUAAAAUCAGAGCAAGUAUCAGCCGCCAAAACAUCCCUCUCAGCACUGCCGGGACUGACUGCGCCACACUGCAAACUCUUCCCGUGUUGAAUUAUUGUACGAUUAUUUUAUUUUAAUCCUUAUUUUUGUUAGUUUGGGACUCUUGCUCUCAGUUAAGGGUGUAUGAUUUUAAAACCCAACAAACUGCCCUCUCCCUGUGAAAACCUGCUCCUAAGAGAUGGGAGUGGUUGGAGUCUCCCAGUUAGGAUAGCAUCACACGUGAAACCCCUCUUUAUAAUAUUGUUAAUAACAUCAUUAUAAGAGGUCCACUCACGACAAUUAUCCAACUGUUUAGUUUUCCACACAGCCGCUCGAAGCGCCAUCAGAGCCGUGGUGUUGCUGUUGUUCGCAUUUUUUUCAACAACUUUCUCCGUUUUAAAGUUUCUUCUUUCAGCAGUAAAUUAAAUUGUACUCGUAGUGAAGGCCACCUUUCAGUUUCUCAUCUUGUUUGUCCGUUAGCUACAAGGACAAACACGCACCAGAGUCGUUUGUAAGUUAUUAUCCGAGGUCAUCUUGCACCUUCCGCCCCGUUCUGCUCAGUGUCUCCUCUGCGGGUCACAGCAGUGGCUGUCAUUGCUCUUCAAGUGAAUUACUGCAAACAUACAGCUGCCUGUAUACAAGCAGCUCCAUUGUAGAGGCUUCACUUUCGACUGCGCACUCGCUGAACUGCUGCUGAGCUGCUGCUGAGCUUGUUUGCAUCUCCAAGAGGAAUUAUGUGGAGAGGUCUAAUUUUGGCAUUUUUGUUGUUACAGUUGCCAAGUCAUAUAAAAACUGUCUGGCAAUGAGUCGUUUGAAGCACUAAUGUGUUGGCAGGUCGUUGGCUCUGGCUGUGUACAUGUCGCUGUGAAAAAUAAAAAGUCAAAGUUGGGGUUACCUUCCAAGUCUCUAAAGUGAUCUUUAUUAGAGGAGCAAAAUGAGACGCUGUGAAAACGUCUGUU